CUAGCUUAUUUUUUUGGCAACUGUACAUUAUCAGCAUGUCAGACAGCGUGUCUAAAAUAAAUGUAUAUCUAAUAACAAAUUAGUAUUUGUCGCAUAUUUUAUUUAAAAACAUUUUGAUAACUCUAUUUAAAACGUGAAAAUAAAUAUGAAUCCGUGUGUCAAAAUAUUUUAAGACCUAUACCAAUUAUAUUUUUAAAAUAAUAGAGAGAAAAGCAAAUAGAUAUACCAAAAAGAAAAUUUUACUUACUCAUUGAUGCCUUGUUGGAUUACACGUUUUCUGAAAUUACAAAAAUAAAAAUAUUAAAAAAAAGAUUAUCAGGUAGACUCAUAAAAAAAACAAAUUCAACUAUAAAACAAGUUUACAUAUUUAAACUUGACCAAUGUAAUUGGUGAGUUUUAUCAAAAUUAUGUAGUUCCCACAAAUCAUCACUCACCUUUUAAAAUGAUAUUUUUUAUUAUUAUUGUAUCGUGACAAAAUUUUUAAAAUAUUACAGGACGCGUAGGAACAUACCGUAAAUCUUCAAAAACAGAAGUAACUGAUCAUGAUGACCAGCAAAUAUACAUCAAAGAUCAACUUGGUCCUGGUGGACCUGGCAAAACAACUCAAAAAGCUACAUUCGGAUCUAAAGGAGGUUCGCAACUCAAAGACGGUAUCGAAUUACCCGUAGGUGACGAAACUGUACCUUGGAGACAAAAAGAUGUACGCAAAACUGUUCGUAAAGAUUCAACAUCGUUACAAAAAACUCUAGAAGAAACAACAAUACAACAGGCUCAACCAUGGACCAACGAACAAAUUAAGUUAAAACCUACAACGCGAGAGAAGGUAAAACCAGACCAUCUUCAAAAACAGAUUCAUACAGAUGACACUACUCUUCUUUCUUUAAGUGAAUCCGAAAAACAACAAAUCACUAAAGUCGAGGAAUUACAUAAAAAAGAUUGGCGUAAACCACGGCAACCUGAGCAAGAAGUUCAAAAUGUAGUUCACACUGAAGAUAGUGCUAUGCUUUCAUUAACUGAACACGAGAAGGAAAUAAGUAAACAAGCAGAAAAAACAUUAGCACAAAAAGACUGGCGUAAACAACGACCAACAGAAACUCUGGAACGGAAAGUACAUGAAGAAGAUGCAACAUUACUUAAAUUGGACGAACAUGUUAGUGAACAAUCUCAACAAACUGCAAUGCCAAAAGACUGGCGCAGAAAGCCAUCAGACGCAGUACAAGAAGGACCUAAACCUGAGAAACCUCUCAUUCAACAGGUUGAACCCGUUCCGUGGAACAAACAAGAGAUACAGUUGAAAAAAGCUCCCAGGCAACAAAAGGAAAUUAAAAAAGAAACAGUGGAAGAAGUAGCUCUAAAACCAUUUAAACGAGAAACAGCUACAGAACAAAAAAUCACGCAAGAUGUUGUUUCUUCUUCUGACGAUAAGACUAUAUUAAAAUUAGAAGAAAAGGAACAAACGGUAGAAAUAAGAGAAUGGCAGAAACCAAAACCACAAAUUUCUUCGAAAGUGGAACCAGAAAUAUUGGAGAGAAAAGCAGCAACUGAAGAUACAACAACUCUUAAAAUUGAUGAAAACGAAAACAUUACAACUACUAAACAAACUGAAAUGCGUACUUGGAGAAAGCCUAAAGUAAGUCCUUCUCAAACAGUGGAAGAAGAUAUUGUACAACCAAAAACAGCAGAAACAGUCCCAUGGAAUCAAGAAAAAAUUAAUUUAAAAAGAACGCAGGUUACCAAGAAGGAACAAGUUAAAGAAACUUUGGAGACAGUGGACCUUAAAUCAACGCGAAAACCACAAAAAGAAGAAGAAAUUGUGGCUCCCGAACAAAUUACGACCAAGCAAGUAAUUGAAGAUAAACAAUUACUAAAAAUCGAGAAGAAAAUUACCGAAAGCGAAAAAGAUGUUUCACAAACAACUUUGCAAAAACCAAAAUCACACGAACAAUAUAAAACAAAGGAAGACUUAGUUAGACCAGAAGAGAGUAAAUAUGAAGACAUUCCUGAACAAGGACAAGAUAAGCCAAAAGAUGUACCGUGGACCCAAGAAAAAGUUGUCCUAAAGAAGACUCGUACAGAGAUUAAACACAUCGAAAAAGAAAAGAUUGAAGAUGUGCAACUUAAACCUACUCGACGUGAGUCAUUACCAAUACAGAAAGCUGAUGAAACAGAAGUUUUAAAACAUACUGCUGUAGGAACAGAAAUAAUUUCUGAAAAACAACCUGAAAUUAAACCAUUAAGAAGCGGAAAAGAUCAAAUACAACAGGAAGAAACAACUCAACUGAUUAGUGAGCAACCAGAGCAACUUAAACCUAAACAAAAAGUACAAGAAGAAGAGUCGCGUAUACAAAAAACAGAGGAAGAAGUAAUUCCAUGGAACAAGCAAAAUGUUGUUCUUAAGCGAUCUAAAGUUGAGAGGAAAGAAAUAGUUAAAGACGAGAUUGAAAAAGUAGAUUUGAAACCAUUUAAGAAAGUGCAUACAGAAGAAACAUCUCUCAUUAGCGUAGAUGAAGAGCAAGAACAAGACACAGAAGCUAAAAAAGUAAUUAGCAAGAAACUAAUUAAGGAUAAAAAGGUCAUAGUCAAAGAUGACUUAAAAGAAGAAACGCUUAUUAAACCUGAAGAAAUAUCAAAACCACAAGAUAUUGUAGAGAAUAAAGAGGAAAUAACAGAAGUAAAAUCAUGGCGUAAACCAAGACAGCCAAAGAAACCAGAAGAAGAGAAACCAGAAGAAGAACCAGCCGUUGAACAACCUAAAGAGAAAAUUAAACCAGUUGAGCGAGUACAAGAAGAAGAUUCGCAUUUACAAAAGGCAGAAGAAGAAGUGAUUCCAUGGAACAAACAAAAUGUCGUACUUAAACGCUCUAAAGUUGAGAGAAAAGAAAUAGUUAAAGACGAGAUUGAAAAAGUAGAUUUGAAACCAUUUAAGAAAGUGCAUACAGAAGAAAAAUCUCUUAUCGGUGAAGUUGAAGAUCAAGAACAAGAUACAGAAGCUAAAAAAGUAGUAAGCAAGAAACUAAUUAAGGAUAAAAAGGUAGUAGUCAAAGAUGACUUAAAAGAAGAGACGCUUUUUAAACCUGAAGAAACGUCAAAACCACAAGAAAUUAUUGAUAUUGCGGAAGAAACUACAACAGAAGUAAAGUCUUGGCGUAAACCAAGACAACCAACAAAACCAGAAGAAAAACCAACUAUUGAGCAACCAAAAGAGGUAAUUAAACCAGUUGAACAAGUACAAGAAGAAGAUUCGCGUCUACAAAAAGCUGAAGAAGAAGUUAUUCCAUGGAACAAACAAAAUGUCGUACUUAAACGCUCUAAAGUUGAAAGAAAAGAAAUAGUUAAGGACGAGAUUGAAAAAGUAGAUUUAAAACCAUUUAAGAAAGUGCAUACAGAAGAAAAAUCUCUUAUCGGUGAAGUUGAAGAUCAAGAACAAGAUACAGAAGCUAAAAAAGUAAUAAGCAAGAAAUUAAUUAAGGAUAAGAAGGUAGUAGUAAAAGAUGACUUAAAAGAAGAGACGCUUCUUAAGCCUGAAGAAACGUCAAAACCACAAGAAAUUGUUGAAAUUGAGGAAGAAACUACAACAGAAGUGAAGUCUUGGCGUAAACCAAGACAACCAACAAAACCAGAAGAAAAACCAACUAUUGAGCAACCGAAAGAGGUAACUAAACCAGUUGAACAAGCACAAGAAGAAGAUUCGCAUCUACAAAAAGCUGAAGAAGAAGUGAUUCCAUGGAACAAGCAAAAUGUCGUUCUAAAACGCUCUAAAGUUGAUAGAAAAGAAAUAGUUAAAGAUGAAAUUGAAAAAGUUGAUUUGAAACCAUUUAAGAAAGUGCAUACAGAAGAAAAAUCUCUUAUCGGUGAAAUUGAAGAUGAAGCACAAGAUACAGAAACUAAAAAAGUAGUAAGCAAGAAACUAAUUAAGGAUAAAAAGGUAGUAGUCAAAGAUGACUUAAAAGAAGAGACGCUUCUUAAGCCUGAAGAAACGUUAAAACCACAAGAAAUUGUUAAAAUUGAGGAAGAAACUACAACAGAAGUCAAGUCUUGGCGUAAACCAAGACAACCAAAGAAACCAGAAGAAGAAAAACCAACUGUUGAGCAACCUAAAAAAGAGAAAUCAACUGUUGAACAACCAACUGUUGAACAAUUAACUGUUGAACAAUCAACUGUUGAACAACCAACGGUUGAACAACCAAAAGACCAAAUUAAACCAGUUCAACAAGUCAAAGAAGAAGACUCGCUUUUACAAAAAGCUGAAGAAGAAAUAAUUCCAUGGAACAAGCAAAAUGUCGUUCUUAAACGCUCUAAAGUUGAGAGAAAAGAAAUAGUUAAAGACGAAAUUGAAAAAGUAGAUUUGAAACCAUUUAAGAAAGUGCAUUCGGAAGACAAAACUGUUAUCAGUGAAGUUGAAGAUCAAGAACAAGACACGGAAGCUAAACAGAUAAUCCAUAAGAAAGUUAAAAAGGAUAAAAAGGAAGUAGUUAAGGACGAAUUAGAAGAAGAAACACCUGUUACACCUAAAGAAACUACAAAACAACAAGAAGUGAUAGAAACCAAAGAAGAAACAACUACUGCAGUAAAAUCAUGGCGUAAACCAAGACAACCAACGAAACCAGAAGAAGAAAAACCAACCUUGGAUCAACAAGAAGAAGAAAAACCAAUUGUUGAACAACCGAAAGAAGAAAUUAAACUAGUUGAACAAGUACAAGAAGAAGAGGUGCCUGUACAAAAAGCCGAAGAAGAAGUUAUUCCAUGGAACAAACAAAAUGUCGUUCUUAAACGCUCUAAAGUUGAGAGAAAAGAAAUACUUAAAGAUGAAAUUGAAAAAGUAGAAUUAAAACCAUUUAAAAAAAUUCAUACAGAAGAGAAAACAUUUAUCAGUGAAGUUGAAGAACAAGACCAAGACACGCCGGAAGCUAAAAGAAUAAUCGGCAAGAAAGUUAAAAAGGAUAAAAAGGUAGUAGUUGAGGACGAAUUAGAAAAAGAAUCACCUGAUAAACCUGAACAAAUAACAAAACCACAAGAAGUGGUAGAAACUAAAGAAGAAACAACUGCAGAAGUGAAAUCUUGGCGUAAACCAAGACAACCAAAGAAACCAGAAGAAGAAAAAUCAACCAUUGAGAAACCUAAAGAAGAAAUAAAACCUGCAGAAGAAAUAAAACCUGUAGAAAAAGAAGACGUCUCAGAAGGUGUAAAACAAACUCAACCAGAAAUGCCAAAGGCAGUCCUUGUUGAAGAGUUAAUAGAAGAAAUUUCUCCUGAAAAAAUUGAAUUAAAGAAAACACCAAGAAUUUCUAAACUUGUAGAAAAACAGACCGUAGAGACCGUUUCGCUUAAACCUGUAAAACCUGUAAAGAUCGAGGACAAGGUUAAAUCUUCUUCGGAGGAAGAAGUAGAAGAAGUGGAAGCGGGAAAGAUAAAACGAAUUAAAAAGAAGAAACAGAAGAAACCAAAAGUGAGAAAACCUCAAGAUUUAGACGAAAUAGACAUAGAAAAACCCUCAGAAAAAGAAAUAGAAAAAAUAGAAUUACCCGAAUCAGUAAUUGUUGAAACGGUUGUUGAAGUUGAAGAUACUGUAGUAUUAAAACUAGAUGAUGCUGAAGAUAAGCCCAAGCUUAAACCAAAAACUGCGAAAAAAUAUGAGCAAAUAGAAACAAAAGUGGAAGAACUACCUAAGCUCAAACCUGUAUCUAAAACUCAACCAAAACCAGAAGAAGCUGAAAUGGAACAAAUUACACUAAAACCUAUUCCUAAAGAUGAAAUAGAAACGGAGGAAAAGGUUCUUAAGAAAAUUAAGAAAAAGAAACCAACAAAAGAAGAAGAAAUUCCAGAACCAGAGGAAAUUGAAAAAUACGUACCAGAAAUAGCUGAUAAGAUUGAAUUUGAUAAGAAACCCAAAGAAAUUGAAGAAACAAAAGAAACUCCUUGGCGUCGAAAAGAAAAACCUAAAAAAGAAGUUCCUGAAGAAGAACAAAUUCAACUGAAGAUUGGUAAAGGAAAGAUACCUAAAGAGGAAUCUAAUAAAGAGGAAAUAAAACUGAAACCUGUAAAGAGAGAGCCCACGAAACCUGAAGAGAUUCCUGAAAAAUCAACAUUUAAAGGUUUACCUGAAUCUGACGAACGUCCAAAGGAUUAUGAAAAAGCAGUGUUCGAUAUCCCGCAAAAGAUAAUUGAUGAAAAAAUUGAAGUUGUAGAACAACAAGCUGUACCUAUUUCAGAGGAAAUUCGUGAAGCUGAGCCAGUUGUCGAAGAACCUAAAGUUCCUUGGAGAAGAACUCCUAAAGAAAAACCAAAGAAAGAAGAAGAAACCGUGGAAAUGCCAAAAGGCAAAAGAAAGCCUUUGCCUGAAGAAGAGAAGGAGGAUAUUAAGCUAAAACCAAUAUCAAAAGAAAAACCAGAAAUUCCAGAAUAUAAAAUAGAAACUGAAACCAUAAAACGCGAGUUUGCAACUGAAAUUCCUUUAUAUGAACAUGAUGAUAAAUUAUCAAUAAAACCGAUUGAUAGAAAAGAAGAAGAAGACGACGAAAAGCCAAAGUCUCGUGUACCUAAGAUCAAAAAACCGAAACACCGUGCCGAAGAAGAGACAAAAGAUUAUGAAACACCAAAAGUUGAAAUCAUAGAAGAAAAAUCUGAAGAAAUGAUUCCAGAAAAAAUAAGCACUCAAGAAAAAGUUCCCGAAGAACAUAAAAUUGAAAAAUCAGAAACUGAAAUAACCCUAAUUGAAAAGAAGAAGCCAGUGAUUAGUCCCGAAAAGAAAGAAGAAGAGCUCAAAGAUAAUACAGAAGAAAUUAAAUUCCAGAAAGACAUGACAGUUCAAAUUACAUCAAAGAAAAUUAAAAAAGAGAAAUAUAAGACUGUUACAUUCGAUGAUGGUCAACCUAUACCUGAAUUGGAAAUCAUUUCUCAAAAACGUGUCACUGAAGUUGUAGAUAAGGUGCCAGAAGAAAAAGCCGUGGACGAAACCGAACUUGAAGAAAAAACCGAGAUACAGAAAUCUAUUUUACAUAAAACUAUCGGAAAGAGAGCCAAGUCAAAAACCAUUGCUCCUAGAUUUAUUCAAAGAGUUGAGCCUGUAGUUUCAGAAGAAGGAAAACCAGCAACUUUGGUAUGUAAGGUAGAAGGUACACCCUUCCCUGAUAUUACCUGGUACAAAAAUGAAAAAGUAUUCCAAAGUUCUGAAAGAGUUUUUGUAAACAUUAUAGAAAAUACGGUCACCUUAGAAUUUACCAAAGUCGAACCUCAGGAUGUAGCUAUAUACUCGUGUAAAGCAUCGAAUCCAGCUGGUGUUGCUACGUCAACAGCAAAUCUUGUUAUUUUAGAAAAAGAAGAAAGCGGUGUGGCACCACACUUUACAAAACCAUUACAGCCUAAGAUAGUAGAAGAAAAAGAGACAGCCAAAUUGGAAUGUGUUGUAACAGGUCAACCAAUGCCAAACAUUCUCUGGUUUAAGGAAGGAAAACCUAUUAAAUCCACUCCUGAUCAUGUUCUUACCUUUAAUCCAGAAACUGGCCUAGCCACUUUGGAGAUUAUAAAACCGACACCAGACGAUGAAAAGAUAUACAGCGUCAAAGCUGAAAAUAAAUUCGGACAAGCCGAAUGUCGAGCCAAUCUUGUAAUAUCAAAAACUGUUUCGGUUAGUCAACCUAUUGUAAUGCAUGCUCCAAAGAUAACUAAACCCGUUCAAGCAGUUUUGGUUAAACCUGAUGAAGAAAUUGUACUAGAAGCUGCCUUUGAAGGCACUCCCACACCAGAAAUAACUUGGCUGCGAAAUAACACUGAAAUCAAACCGAAUAACGACUAUCGAAUUGAAACAAAAGAGAACACAACCAAGCUCAUAAUUAAGAAGAAAGUUAACAAAAAACAGAAAGGCGGUAAAUAUGAAGUAAGAGCAGUGAAUCCAAGAGGCGAAGCGCGAUCAUCAGGAUCAGUUACAGUAGUCGAACAAACUUCCGAAGCACAACCACCACGAUUCAUCGAAGUAAUUAAACCUCAAAAAGCUUCACUUGGCGAUACUGUUAUAUUAGAAGCAGUAGUUGAAGCUAUUCCAGAAGCCACAUUCCAAUGGUUCCUUGAUUCAACACCGAUUGUUCCAUCUGAAGCACGGCGCGUUGUUACAAAAGGAAACAAAUCAGUUCUACUAAUAACGGAAAUAACUCCAGAAUUUGCUGGUUCCAUCACUUGCCGAGCAGAAAAUGCUGUCGGAUCAGUUACUUGCACCUCUACUUUAUCUUUAGUGGAAGAUACAGAAUGGGAAGAAACCAGAGAAAUGGAAUAUCCAAGAUUUGUCAAACGUCUAUCUCCAGUCAGAGUGAUGGAUGGAGAUAAAGUAGAAUUUACCUGUGUUGUAACUGGAAAACCCGUACCAAAAGUACAGUGGUACCACAACGACGUACCAGUCCACGAAGCUAAAGACGUUACAAUAUAUCAAGAUACAGAAGGGGUUUGCACACUUGCUAUAAGUGAAGUAUUCCCUGAAAACGCUGGUGAAUAUACUUGCAUGGCUGUUAAUCGCGUCGGUGAAGCAAUAUGUAAAUCUUCGUUAAUCGUUGAAGCUUACGAGUAUGUUCCUGAUUCUGAAUUAGGUCACAUGACUGGCUCUGAGGAGGAUCUACUGGCUGAUAAGACUAUCAGUGAAACCGACUUCUUCCCGUCUGAAACAGAAGAAGAAAUAGCCCCUAAGAUCAUUAAGAAGUUGCCUCAAGUGAUUACAGCUAAAGAUGGAGAAGUAACAAGAUUUGAAGUUCAAGCUGUUGGUAAACCGAAACCAGAAGGAAAAUGGCUUAAACAUGGGGAAGAAAUAAUUCCUUCUAACGAAUUUGUAAUAGAAAAUUUCGAUGAUGGAACCUCCGUUCUAACAAUAACAGACGUUUUUCCAGACGAUACUGGUGCAAUUAGCUACGAAGCUUUUAAUCCUCUUGGAGUGGCAGUUACCACCACCGAACUACUUGUUGAAACGACAGAAGGUAUUAUAGGUACCAAGGAUUAUCGCAAACCUGAGUGGGUAACGCAUAUGGAAGAGCUUUCUGCAGCAUUAAAAGCUGCGCAAAGUCCCCCAACAUUUAUUCAAGAAAUCAAGGACAUUCGGACAACAGAAGCUGAAACAGUUAAGUUUGAGUGCCUUCUGUCUGGAACACCUACUCCAGAUGUGAUAUGGUAUCACAACGACAAAAUAGUCCGUAAUACAGACCGUGUCAAAGUCAGAAUUGAAGAUAAUAAAACUAGCGUAACUAUAACCGAUGUUACUGAAGAAGAUGUUGGAUCAUACCUUUGCAAAGCUGUUAGUGAUAUAGGUGAAGCAGUAUCAAAAGCCAAAUUGUACGUACAAGAAAUUCCCGAACACAAGAAACAAGAAAUUAAAAUCCGAAAAGCCAAAGAAGAGGAGGAAAGAGUGAAAAAAGAACGAGUGAAAAUAGAAAAGAAGAAAAUAGAAAGAAAACGAGUUAUCACAAGGAUGACUGAAAAAGACCAACCAUUGGACGUAACUGAAGUGCAAGCUAUGGAAUCUACAAAAGAGAUACCAGAAGCUAAAAAACCAGAAAGGGCUAAACCUAUUUUGGAUUUACAACAACCACUAGAGACGGCAGCUAUAGCUACAGCAAAGAAAAUUGACGAGCACAUAGAGGAUGUGACUCAAGAGAAAGCAACGGAACUGCUUUCUCCAGCUGAAGCAACUUACCUUGAAGAAAUUCUAACAGAAGAAAUAAUCAAAGAUAUUGAAAAGAUUUUACCAAGAACAACAAAAGCAGCAAGAACUACUCAAUCUGGUGCCUCAGAAUUGGCCGACAUUACAGAAGUAAACCUUGAACAAAUCAUUGACCGCUGUGAAAAGAUCAUUCGUAAGAGUGAACUUAAAAUGGCCAAAGAAGUAUCACAAAUGCUCAAAUUUACGAGUCCUAAAGAGUUCGGACCCGGCGAAAACCCGCUUCGUGAAAUUGCCGAAAUUGGGUAUUUACUUAAAAACGGUAUCACGGUAAAAGAAGUGACAGUUCUUUACGAAGAAGACAGAUUUCCUUCGUUAAAAUCACCUCAAGCUCAAUCGGCUAUGGUUAACGUAGUUGAAAGAAAAGGAUAUGGACCUCUGGUAUCUGAAGUGUUGACAGAAGAAAGUACUGUGGAUGAGAGCAAACUUGCAGCCACAGUCGGAUUUAGGGCUUUUAUGAAGAUGAUUGAAGCAAAUUACGUUACUAUUGAAGAAGUCAUCACUAGUUUUACGCCUCAAGAUUUCUUGCAACGGUUAUGGGAAACAGCUGAAGUAACAGAGGUUACUUCGAAAACAAUAUCAGAGACCGCUACAUUUACACAAGAAAUCGAAAUAUUAGAAGAUUCGGGAAAAAUUAUUAAGAAACAAGUGAAAAAGAAGGAUGAUAUUGAAGAAUUCCCCGAAAAUGAAGAACCUCCUCUAUUCGUUAAACGUUUUGAAGAACAAACUGUUCCACAAAAAGCUCCACUAAGUCUCAAAGCAAAGGUUACUGGUAACCCAACACCAGAAAUAUUCUGGUUACGUAAUAACGAACCAAUAGAGCCCUCUGAUAGAGUUACUAUAUUAUACGAUGGGGAAAAUGUAGAACUGAAAAUUAAGGAGACAAAUUCUGAAUUAGACUCAGGAGACUACAAAUGUAUAGCGGUUAACAACGUUGGUAAAGCUUCUCAUGGAGCGAAAGUUUCAAUAGAGGUAGAUACCGUUAAAUUCACCAAAACCCUCAAAGAAGUCUAUGAAACUUCAGAAAGAGAAACGCUCGAGCUCGAAUGUGAGACAUCACAUUCAGUAAGGACAAAAUGGUGGUACAACAACACCGAAAUUAGUGGAAUGGACCAUCGUGUUGUGGUUCAAGAUGGAAGAACUCAUAAAUUGAUCAUCAAAAAUAUCAGUCAAAACGACGAGGGUAGCUACAAAUGUACAGUUAAAAAUCAAAAGACAGAAACAACAGUUAAAGUUAAGCAGCGAAAACUUGAAUUCGUUAAAAAGUUGCAGGAUUUGGAAAUCACUGAAAAAGAGACUGCUGUUCUUGAAGUAGAAAUCACUUCGGACACUGCGAAGGUAGCGUGGUUUAAAGAUGGUAUUAACUUGGAUGACACUGAUGAAAAAUUCGAAACGGAGAGAUUCGGUGGCGUAAGAAGACUACUCAUCCGCACGACAUCUAUCCAUGAUGAAGGUGAAUAUAGCUGCAAACUUGUAGACCAAGAAUGUAGAGCCGACGUUACGGUUAUCGAACUACCUCCUGAAAUAAUUACCCCUCUUCAAGAUAAAGUUGUAAAUAAAGGUGACAAGACUGUGUUUGAAAUAGAACUUUCUAAAGGCGAUGCUUUGGCAAGAUGGUACAAAGAUGGUAAAGAAAUUCAAUUUUCAGAACAUAUUCAACUGUCUAUUGACGGUAAGAGACAAAAACUUAAAAUCUACAAAACAGAGCCCGAAGAUGAAGGUACUUAUUCAUGCGAAGUCGGAACUCAAUCAUCCAAAGCCAAACUUACCGUUCAAGUACCAACUUGUACCUUCAUCAAAGAACUGCCCGAGUUUACUGUUGUCCCUAUUAACACUGACGCUGAAUUUGAGGUAGAACUUUCCAAAGAUGAUGUAGAAGUUUCAUGGUAUAGAAACAAUGAACGUAUUGAGAAAUCCUCAAGGUAUUCUAUAACAUCUGAAUACAGAACUAGAAAAUUAAUUGUACAGAAGACAACGUUUGAAGAUGAAUAUGAAUACACCUGUAAAGUUGAGAAAUAUCAACUUAAAACUUCUUCAAAACUAAAAAUUGGUGAUAAACCUUCUCCUCCGCGCGGACCUUUAGAAAUAUCUGGAAUGUCAGAUACCUCUUUCACAAUUCAAUGGCAGCCUUCAGAAAAUGACGGAGGAUCUUCUAUCAUAGAAUAUAUCGUAGAAAUGCGUGAAGCUAAAACUAAGAAAGCGUUCAAGAAACUUGGAGGAACAAAGGGAGAAACGAAUUAUGCAAUUAACUACUUAGAAAAAGGACAUGGUUACAAUUUUAGAAUUACUGCUAGAAAUGCGAUUGGAAUAAGUGAUCCAUUCUUACCAUCAGAUACAAUUGUAGCUGGUUCCAGAAUAACUCCUCCUUCUCCACCAAUAAAUCUGAAAGUCAAAGAUUUGACCAGCAGAAGUGCAACCCUAACAUGGGAACCACCAGAACACGAUGGAGGUACCGAAAUUACAGGAUAUGUUUUAGAGAAGAAAUUAGAAUUCAUGCCAAAAUGGGAAAAAGUUUUUACAACAGAAGCUUUCUCUUUGCAAUAUACAUUUGAAAAUCUAAAGGAAAAGAGCGAUUACAUAUUUAGAGUGUUCGCAGAAAAUUGUGUUGGACUUAGUCCUCCAGCAACAUCAGAAGUAGUACAAAUGAGAACGCAUGCCACUGUACCUUCACCACCAACUCCUCCUCUUGAAAUAAGAACUAUUGGACCUAAUGCCAUCGUAGUAGAAUGGGGAAUACCAGAAUCUGAUGGCGGUUCCCCGCUUCUUGGAUAUAACAUCGCUAUUAGAGAUACCAAGAAGACCAUGUGGAUGGAAGUUGGUAGAGUUCAAAAAGGAGUACAAAAAUUCACUAUAAAAGAUCUACAAGAGGAUCAUGACUACAUGAUCAGGAUAUUUGCCAAAAAUGAAAUAGGAUUGAGUGAACCUCUAGAAUCCGAUGAGCCAUUCAAGGUUCUUCCAUCCGGAGAUACUGAUCAAGAUGACUUUAAAGAAGCAACAGACAAGGAGCCAACAUCAUACAGCACGGAGACUUCAACCUCUUGGUUGAGAGACAACAGUAUGGACGCUGACAUCCAUUCAUACUCCAAGGGAACUCUAUUGAAGAAAGACGAAUACUUCUUCCGCAUAUGGUGUUACGCAACAAAAUUAUUUAAGUAGAAAAAGAAGAUUGAAAUCUUCUAAAGAUGUACAUAUUUACUGAUUUUAGACAACUAUUUUUAGAAUUUUGAUACUGAUAAUGACUUAUUCACUUAUUGUAAUGUGCUCGUAUUAGAUUUGUGUUGUGAUUUUUUGCGAAUUGCGAGCCGAAAAAAGAUUCGAAUAAAAAAUGUCAACACAAUUUUAAUACGAGCUGAAUUAGUAAGGAUACUGUGAUACUGAUUAUGAAUUUAAAAAUGAAAGAGGAUAUAAUAGAGCCUAAAAAACGACACUAAUAUUUGUAAAAAUUUGAAAAUAAUUUUUUUGUUACACGAGUUAAUAUUUUAUGACUAAGAUGUUAUGGGCAGUUGUUUUUUUUUUGUUUGGUUAUAUUAUAUUAUAUUAUGAUAUUUCUAUUGUUUAUGCUGUGCAUUACUGAAAUAAUAUUUUACUGUUAAUAACUUGAAAUUCGAAAUUGUGAAGUCACUAAUUUGUAGAGAGAAAAAUAUAGGUGCAAAAUAAGUAUAAGGAAGUGACUUCAUCGUUUCUGAAUUAUAUAAAUAAAUAAAUAAAUAAAUAAACGACUAUUAAAAUAA